CUUUUCCGCUCUUUUGCUUAUGCCGCGCGCCAUUUUUAAAAAUACUUUUAUAAAUUCAACAAAGCAUUAUUGUGUUGUUAUUCUCCCCCUCCCCUUUUUUGCCUCUUUUUGCCCUCAUUUGGCAAGAGGUGGUUGUCGGUCUAUUGCUUUUUCAACUUGUCGUUCUCUUCAAUAGGCAAUCGAAUUUGUUGAAAAUUUAAAAGUUGAAGGAGGGGAGGAAUUGUGUGUGCAAGUAUUAUUUUGG